CGUCGGCUUGGUUUGAACACGAAGAAAGAAGCACACGUCCUCGGCCCCGACUGGUGCGGGUGGAGGGGGAGGGAAAGCGGCGUCGCAACUCGCAGCGCCCCGCGCCCGCCUCGAACCGACAUGUUGCCGCGCACGCACUCCCACCCGGCGCGGCGGCGCUCCGGCCUGGGCCCGCAGCUCUGCGCCGCCUCCGCGGCGCUGCUUCUGCUCCUCUCCCUCGCCGUCCUCCACUCGCGCCUCUCGUCCUCCUCCCCCUUCCCCACCAACCGCUCUCACUCCACACCCGCGGUGGACUCCAACUCCUCCGCCCUCCUCGCUGACGACGGCGCGGCCGCCGCGCUUGACCCGCUUCUCACUCUCACCACCACCGAGGGCGGCGGAGGCUCCGUCGCCAACCCCGACGACGACCGCAUCGACGAGCUCGACGUGCUGGACGAGGACGCCGCCGGCGCCGACGCGGCCGAUGACGUCUCCGGCUCCACCUCCGCGGCCGCCACGUCCCUCGUCUGGGACCACGCAGCCGGCGCCGCCCGCCUGCCCUUCCGCCUCCCCUCUGCCGGCAACGCCCUGCCCGCGGGGCUACCCCACCUCGACUCCCCGCGCCGGAUCGCCGCGGCCGCCUUCGGAUCCGACGACGAGCUGGUGGAUCUGGACCUGCGGGUGGAGAUCUCGUCCAUUAGCAGCAUCGAGGACGCGCUGCUCCUGAAGCCCACCUCUGGCGACGGCGCCGAGAUGCGGCUCCGCGCCGGGUGGGCGCGCUGGCUGGAGGGGAAGGCCGACUACCUUCGGCGCGAUCGGAUGCUCCGCUCCAACCUGGAAUCCCUCAAUCCGCGCAACCACCCGCUGCUCCAGGACCCGGACAGCCCCGGCCUCACCUCACUCACCCGUGGCGACCGAAUGGUGCAGCGGAUGCUCCUUGCCGAGAUUCAGAAGCCUGCCCCCAAGAAUUUUGAGCGUCGUAGGCUCCAAUCUUCUGAAAAUAAGCAGGGCAUGGCAGUAACUGUGAAGGAGAAGCAUGGGGUGGGAAGGAGGUGGGGAUACUUCCCGGGGAUCGAUCCACAUUUGGGGUUCUCGGAGUUCAUUGAGAGUUUUUUCGAGCAUGGGAAGUGCUCCAUGAGGGUGUUCAUGGUUUGGAACAGCCCGGAGUGGGCAUACGGUGUGCGGCACCAGCGUGGACUGGAGAGCCUGCUCAAGCAGCACCCAGAAGCCUGUGUAGUCAUGCUAUCGGAGAAGCUGGAACUGAAGUUCUUCAAGGAGUUUGUGAAGGAAGGAUAUAAAGUUACUGUUGCAGUGCCGAAUCUUGAUGAACUUUUGGACAGCACUCCAACCCAUGUAUUUGCAUCAGUAUGGUAUGAAUGGCAGCAGACAGAGUAUUACCCCUUGCAUUACAGUGAGCUAGUACGCCUCGCUGCUCUUUACAAAUAUGGUGGAAUAUACAUUGAUUCUGAUGUUAUUGUACUUAAGCCUUUAACAUUGUUCCGGAAUUCUAUCGGUGCCACAAAAGAAGUCUAUAGAAACUCCAGUUUUAGUGGUGCUGUGUUAGCAUUUGAAAAACAGAGACCUUUCUUGGUGGAGUGCCUUAAGGAAUUUUAUUCAACAUAUGAUGAUACCCUCUUGCAGUGGAAUGGUGCUGAACUUAUGACGAGAGUAAUAAGAAAUCUAUCUAGCAAAGCAGAUGAAAAUUUGGGGCAUCUUGACAUACAGUUGGAACCCUCUGUUACUUUUUACCCUAUAAGUUCUACCGAUAUUAUGAGAUACUUCUCAGAGCCAGAUAACAUGGUUGAAAGAGCACAACAUGAUGCGCUAUUUUCCAGGAUUGUGAACGACUCAACCACUUUCCAUCUUUGGAGUGGCAUUACAUCUGCGCUGGUGCCUGAAUCCAACAGUCUCGUUGAGAAAAUCCUUAACCGUUACUGUCUCCGUUGCCUUGAUGUUUUGUAGUUGUAGCAGUCUGAAGUUCCUGCAAAGAGCUUCAUUUUGGUUUAGAAGACAUACAGAAGAAAUUGAUCAAUGGGUGGGUGUGCUCAAAAUGGCCGGUGGUAUAUUGAUGAAUUUCCGGGAAAACUGUAGUGACGAAAUUACUGGCAGCAUUGUAGAUAUAUAUAUUUUUUAACAAGGCUUGUGCUGGUGCUACAAGCAAGUGCAAGCAUGUUGACUUGACUAGCUAUUUUACCGGUUGUCUAUAGCAAAUCUGCUUACUAGGAAUACAGAAUGCAACAGCUAAAGGUAUUUGGAAUCGAGAGGUUUGACUACUUCGGUGCAAAUAUUUCCUUUUGCACUUGUACUGAUAUUCUCUUUAUUAAAAUCUGGAUGGGAAGAAUAUUAAGAUUCAUUUAAGACAGGUUAUAAGAAAAAAGAUUCUUUA